UUAGGUGUUGUCUUGUCAAGAAGUAGACUAGAAAGCAAGAAUGCAGAUCUGAGAUCAAGAGAAAGUGUAAAUAUUAGUUUCUAGGCUUAAAAUAUAAUCGAUUUUGCAUAGUUUCAGUGACAAGUGUUUCGUUGUUUCUCAAAUUUAACUCAUAAAUCAAUAAAUAAUUUAUUUGACUAGAUUAACAUGAAUGCCUUGGCUAUGUAAGAAUAUAUAAAAUACAACUUGUAUUAAAAACUAGAAAACAUUAACUUAAAUUUCGACCUUUUGUACAUGCAAGGAAAAACAUGAGCAGAUGGAAAGAAGCUUCUUCUUUAAUAAUAACUACUGCAUCCAAAAGUAAAGUAGGUAAAAAAUCUCCCAUCACUCCUAAUCAUGAGAAAUAUAAUUUUGAUAUUUUAGCAUUGAAAAAGAAUGAAACAUUGCCAUCUGGAAAUCCUCAGAUCUGUGUUUUCCCUGGAGGUUCACUUAGUAUUGCAGACUCAAUUCAAGAUUGGGAAGGCUUAUUUACUGAGUUUGGUCUUAGUUUAAAAUGUAUGGGUAAUGGAUCAAGGCUUCCUAUAUUUAGUUCAAAUAGGGAAGGUGUUCCAAGGUGGCUGUCACUAAAGAUUACUGCAAUCAGAGAGACUUUUGAGGAAUGUGGUCUUUUACUAUGUAAAAGUAUAGGUCAAUUGCCAUCAGAAGCAACUGAUAAUGUUUUGGCCAAAAGUACGAACCAUUUAGCCAUAGAUAAAAUUGAUUCAUGGAGACAACGAGUCCUAGAAGAUCCAUAUCAGUUUUUCUCUUUAUGUGAAAGUUGUAAAUGCUAUCCAGAUGUUGAAAACUUGGUUCUUUGGAGCAAUUGGCUCACUCCAAGCCAUAUGAAUGAACGAUUUGACGCCGUUUUCUAUUUUACUCAUUUGAGAAAUUUGAAUUUAGCUAAUGUGACUCCUGACAACAAAGAAAUAUCAUCAGCCGAGUGGCUCUCCCCAAAAGAACUGCUUGACCUGUCUAACAGAGGAGAUAUUUUUCUAAAGCCACCUCAGUGGUAUGAGAUAAACUCUCUACAAAGUAUAGAAACCUUCGAUGGUCUAAAUCGACUGAUCGGUCACAAAAGUAGUAACUGCCAUUUAUGGAUGCCAGUAAGGAUACAUGCAAGUGAUGGAGAAAUUUCUUUGCUUCCAGGAGAUGAUAUGUAUCCUGAUGAUGUUGACCCGUUCUUCCCCACUCCAAUAUUAAGGAAGGGACAGACAAUAUCUUCAUUGAGGUGUAAGAAGAUGCACAGAAUGGAACACUUUGGUCCAAGGAUUGAGAUCUUAGACACUAGGUCAGACUCUGGAUCUGUCUGAUUUCAUAAAUUCUUUACUUUAUUCUGAGUCUAAAAGCUGUUCUUUCAGCUUCUUGGCCGUUGUAUGAUGGAACGCCAUUACUUCAGGUUUUGGAUGCGCCAGUACUAACAACAUAUCUGUGAUUACUACAUAUUUGUAAAUUGAAAAGGUGAAAAUAUCAUGUGACUAAGGGUGCGCUCUACCUCAGCUCAGAUUUCUAAGUACGAUUGCUUAACCUGAUGUUCCUAUACUUUGCACUGAACAGCUCCUGAAGAGCGCUUGCAAGCUUUUUGAAUCUGGGGGAUUACAUCAUUAUCCUUAAAAAUUUUGGUAAACCAAUAAUUGCAGAUUCUUGUUUUUAAGAAUCUAUUGCACUUCCCCCGUCCGUUAUUUUAUUCUCUAAAAAUUAUUUGUAUGUGUUAAAACUCAUGAUAAAAACGUGUAUUUUAACAUUUUUACCAACCUUUUAGCCCAACAUAAAAAUAAAAUCUAAAUUUAAAAAAGCGCUGGACCUACAAUAAUAUUUAACAAAAAUAUGACACCAAGAUCUUUUAAAUUGGGACUACAAACAGUAAGAACCAAAACCCUUGCACUUGGGUGCCAGACAGGUAGAGCGCAGCCUUAACUCUGUCAACUGUUUAAUGAUUUAGGCUUGAAAUACAAAUAGAUGACAUAGGUGUAUUUUUCAAUUCAAAUUAGGAACACAAUUCCUAGAAUGUUCUAAAAAAUAUUUACUAAAUUUCUAGUAUCCUUAUAAUAGACCUUAAAAAAUAGCCGUUGUCUUGUUUUAUUUCUAAUAAUCUUUUUAAGCCAAUGAUUUAUAAUGCUUCUCAAUACUUCAGAUUACAGAUGCAGAUAGAUAGAUUUCUCGGACUUUGAUAUUCACAGAUAAGUAGUGGAUAUAUUUUAGUACCAUAUUAUUUUUAUGUUUUAAAAACUUUGUACACACUUGCUUACAAAUAAGUCGUUUGUUUUUUUAAGUAAUGUAUCGUAAAAUUGUGUGAACAAUUAAAUUUUAAUUUGUUCAUUUUGCAAUUUUUUGCUUGUCCUAAGCCACUUUUAAUCCUGUUAGGUUACGAUAGUGGCCAUUAACACAUGACAGACUUUUGAAGAUUACUUUAAUUGACACUAUUCAAUGUACCAAGCAUGUACAGAUGACGAAUAAAGAUAUUUUGAUUUGAUUUGA